AUGGGCCACGUGAUCGUGACGGCGCGCUCCCUGGCGUGGCUGCUGCUGUCCCUGGUGGCGCUCAUGGCCGUCCUCGGCGCGCUCGUGUCCCCGCGCUGGAUCGUCGCGCCGCCCGUGGCCGCGGUGGCGGGGCUGCUGGCGUGCUGCGUGCACGCCGUCUGCGGCAAGAGCAUCCUCGGUGUGUGCGGCGCGGCGCAGGCCGGCGCCGGCGUGCUGUACUUGCUGGGGCUGUCCCUGUACGCCGGCGGCUGGGGCGCCGAGCGCGUGCAGAGGCUGUGCGGCCCGGAUGCCUCCCCGUUCUACCUUGACUCGUGCUCGCUGGGCUGGGCGUCGUACAGCGCUGUGGCGGGCGCGCUGCUCACCCUGGUCGUCGCGGUGCUCUCCGCCCCGGCAGACCGCGCGGCGCGCAGCGACAAGGUGCAGGAGCGCAUCUACCGGGGACACACCCUCGUGUGCAUCGCGUAGCCAUCGCGCACGGCCACACCAAAGCCCGUCUCACUAAUUUAUUGUGUCGUUUGUCGUGUACAUUAAAGUCUCCAAAGACGUGUUUUGUUUUUCUAGCA